GUGCAGAAGAUCACAUCGCCGGAAUGAAUCGCGGUCACCUGGUACUCUUAGUGGUCUGUGCGGCUGGGUUUUCCCUUUCAAUGGGUUUCCCACAGAAAGAACUGAUAGCGCCGGACAGUGACGAAUCGGAUGUGAGUGGCAUUGGCUUCGUGACCCUGGACGGAACCGCCAGCGACGAGAGUGACGAAAGUGACCAGGGCAACGCCUCCGACGAUUUGAUAUUCCUGAGUCGCAAGAAGCCCACUCCCUCCAAUAGCUCCGUCGAUCUGAGCGCCUUUGUGGCCCUGAUUCCCCUGCAGGAAGUGCAGUCCAUAGCCGCGCAGUAUUAUCACCACGAUGCCGAGUUCCAAAGGGCCUAUGCCUUCCUCGCCAGCAGCGAUUUUGCGGACAUCAAGCGCAAGAUCCUUCAGCUGCCGGAGGUCGAGGAGUUCACCAACUACCUGGGUGCCCACGGCUUGGAUGUGAUCAAGGUUAUGCACGCGGUGGCGGCGGUGUUCAAGCACUCCGUUCUGGGAUCGGCAGACGUCAAAGAAGCACCUAAGGCCCCAACCACCGAGGAUGGCAGCUCGGCCGCCGGCGAGGCGCAGAGUGGCCUGCACGGAAUGGUGGAGAGGGUCCUGGAGAUCCUGCCGCAGGACCAACUGUAUGCCCUAUUUUUCGACGAGUUCGAGAGCAACAAACAGUUCGCCGCUUUUGUGGACAGCAUUAGCAGUCCCAAGUUUGCCAAAAUUUUGAGCGGCCUGCAGAACUCAUUGCCGCUGCGAAAUUUCCUAUUUGUCCUGCACAACAACAGCAUCUACGUGGAGCGGAUUGUGGAGUCUGUUAAAUCGUAUUUAUCCAUCUCCAGCUUUUAAUUUGCUUAAGUCUCGGGGAUUUUUCAAGGCUCGCUGGUGGGUUCGAUGUGGCAGGAAAACUGGCAGCAAUGAGGGACAGUAACUAGCCUUACAUAUUUAUCAAUAUUAAAUUAAAUGCCAUCAAAAUUAGGGCCAAUUUCACAAUGUCAUGUUAAAGCUCUGGUUUAUUAUAUAACAAGAAGUUAAAGUGAACGAUGAGUCAAAAAAUUUUGUUGCAUCUGCCGUCAGUGAUAACUUAUUAUGCAGUUCAUUGGUAAAAUCAGUCAGAAAAAACUUAACUCAGUGUUGAAAGUUAACAAUACAUUGAGAAAUCGGAUUUGAAAUUAUUCUUCAAAUACAGUUCCUUCUAAUGUUAUAUUUUACAACCUUUUGUAUCUUUUAAUUACUCAACUUCAUUUCAUUAUCAAUUUAGAUUUAUAAUUGCAAGUCAAAAGAAACUUUUGGAAGUUGUUCUAAAAAUGUGUCCUAUCUAUAGCCCCAACUGCUAUAUUUAUAAUGUGGUAACUUUCCCUAACUGCGUGUGCUGUUUAACCGCCACUUUUUGCCUAUCACGAGCAUAUGAAAAUGGGCCCCCAUUUAGUGUGUAAUAAACGGAAAUCCUUUAAAGACA